UCGCUGGAAACCAAAUCUUAAAUUAAAUUAUUUGACAAAGAAGUUUAAAUUGAAGUGGGUACAAAAAGCAUGAUUUUAGACCUCAUAUGUAACGCCUCCGCGAGGUCCCAUUAAAUACCUCAACCUCAACCACAACCACACAAAUACCACCGCCGAGACGACCAAAAAUGGCGAUCGCCGGCUCACACAUUCUCGUCUUCCCUUACCCUGCUCAGGGCCACAUGCUAUCACUUCUUGAUCUCACCCACCAACUAGCCAUCCGUGGUCUAUUCAUCACCAUACUCGUCACUCCCAACAACCUUCCCACCAUAUCCAAUCUCCUCUCCGCCCAUCCAACCACCAUCACCGCUCUCCUCCUCCCUCUACCACCUCACCCCUCCAUCCCUCACGGCGUCGAGAAUGUCAAAGAUCUCCCUGCCGAUGGCUUUCAGGCCAUGAUGAAGGCCUUAGGCGAUUUACACGACCCCCUCCUAGAUUGGUUCAACAACCACCCUACUCCGCCGGUCGCUAUCAUCUCCGAUAUGUUUUUGGGCUGGACCCAUCACCUUGCCUGCCACCUCGGCAUCCGCCGGUACAUGUUCUCGCCGUCGGGUGCUUUCGCUCUUUCCGUCAUAUAUUCCUUGUGGCGCUACCUACCCAAAAGGAAUGAUCCAGAAAACGAAAAUGAGGAGAUAUCGUUCCCUAAAAUCCCGAAUUCCCCAAAAUACCCUUGGUGGCAAUUGUCUCCUCUUUAUCGAACCUACAAAGAAGGAGACCCAACUACGGAGUUUAUCAAAGAUGGGUUAUUCGCCAAUAUGGUGAGUUGGGGUGUUGUUAUCAACUCGUUCACUGAGUUGGAACGAGUUUACAUCGACCACCUAAAACAGGAAAUCGGCCAUGAUCGUGUGUUUGCCGUCGGACCUUUACUCCCUCCCGGUGAUAAAACCAUCGAAAGAGGUGGGCCCAGUUCCAAUGAGGUCCUACCAUGGCUCGACACGUGUCCACCUCAGUCGGUGGUGUAUGUCUGUUUCGGGAGUCAAGCUGUGUUGACCAACGAGCAGAUGGAGAUGGUCGCACUGGGGUUAGAGAGAAGCCAAAUCAAAUUCGUCUGGUCAGUGAAGGAACCCACCGUGGGACACGUGGCAGGAAAAUACGGUAGGAUCCCAUCCGGGUUCGAAGAUCGUGUGGCUGGAAGGGGGCUUGUGGUUAGAGGGUGGGCUCCGCAAGUUGCUAUACUGAGUCAUGAGUCGGUGGGUGCGUUCUUGACUCACUGUGGAUGGAACUCGAUCAUGGAAGCGGUGGUGGCCGAGGUUCUGAUGCUGACGUGGCCAAUGAGCGCCGACCAGUACUCGAAUGCGACGCUGUUGCAUGAGUUAAACGUGGGAAUGAAAGCAUGCGAGGGAGCGGAGACUGUUCCUGAGUCGGGUGAGUUGGCCGAGUUGUUCAGAAAAUCAGUGAGUGAGGAGACACGAGUUGAGAGAGAGCGAGCAAGGGAGUUUGGUAGGGCAGCGAAGGAAGCAAUGGGAGAAAAUGGGAGUUCCCUGAAAGAAUUGAAUAGAUUGGUGGCCAAUUUGUCACUUGUGGAAGAAUAAGAGGACCAAUUAUCAAAAGUCUAGAAAGUUCUGUGCAUUUUGUUUGGUUGUGU